GCGCCGGCGUCAAUGUCACUUGUCAUUGGCAGUCGGUGUGUUUUUGUGGCAGGGUGAAAUGUCAAUAUUAUUGUGAUAAGUUUGUUUUUAAGCUUGAGAGUUUCGGUGAAGGUGCCAAUUAUGACCACAGAGGAAAAGUUUAAUGCGGCAGUUAACGUAAUUCGGAGUUUACCCAAAAAUGGAUCAUAUCAACCCAGCAAUGACCUCAUGCUCAGAUUCUACGGCUACUACAAGCAGGCGACGCAAGGUCCCUGCACCAGCAAGCGGCCCCCUUUCUACGACGUAGUCGGCCGUGCCAAGUACGACGCGUGGAAGGGCAUGGGCGACAUGACCAAACAACUGGCGAUGAAGAAGUACGUGGACGAACUGCACACCAUCGUCGAAACGAUGAGUUACUCAGAUAAGGUGGCCAAUUUCCUGGAGGCGCCAACCAACGAGCUCGAUUGCGUGAACAUGCUCAUGGACGACCUGGAGCUGGUGGCGGGCGACGUCCUCGAGAAGGUUCGGUCGCAGCCGAACUCGCCGCUGGCGUCGCGGGAAGCCUCGCCCAUACGUACAUUGCUGUCGAGCAGGGACGUCUCCCCGGUGUCGACGCCCAGUUCGGCGGCACCGGAGGAGUCCGACCACAGCGACGACGAGUACAUAGACACGAUCGAGUUUCCAGAUACCAAGAAGAUCUACUCGGAGCAAAUAUCAAACGGAUAUAUUCCUCGGGAGCACGUUUCCAGGUCCAGGACGAAAGUGCAAACCCAAACCAGUGUGGAUAUCUCUCAGGAAGUGUCAAAGGCUGUGCAAAGUUUAAAGGCUGACGUCGAAAGGCUCACCACUAAAAUACACACGUUAGAAAAAUCAAAUGUUGCAGUGAGGAAGUCUAGGGGGAUGUCGUUAGAAGUAGUCGCGUUCAUAGUAAUUUGGCCAUUUUUGGCGUCUUUCAUCAUGAAUAGGUACUUUUCAAGUAGGAAGUAACGUGUCGGUGUCAAAAUAAUUAUGUUCCAAAAUACUUUAAUUGGCCUUUAUUUGUUAUAUAUUUUUUGUUGUCAUGUUAUGUAAAGUGUAGACUUUUAUAUGGUUUGGAAAUACAAAGCUAGAUCUACGGCUUGUUUUAAUUGAAGGAUGUUGGUAUCGCUGUCUGUCACUCGCACUUGAUAGUGCCAACAUAAUUAUUAUAAAAAUAAAUUUCAUGAUGACUUA